UCUCUCCCUGUUGGCAAUACCCAACAGGUCAUUGCGCGUCCGCUUCCGCUUGGCUUGCUCGGAAUCUUCCAUGGCAGAACGCCAAAAUGUGAGUUGAAAGGGUCUGUUCAUGUUUUAUCCUCUAUAUAUACACCAUAAUCGCAAGCUCCUCCCAUCUCACCAUCUCCAUACAUAAUUUGGUGUUGAACAAAGUUAGCAACACAGAGGAAAGGUUGAAGAACAAUGAAGUUCGGGAAGGAAUUCACAGCUCAAAUGGUGCCGGAAUGGCACGAAGCGUACAUGGACUACAAUUUCCUCAAAUCUCUUCUGAAGGAGAUUCAGAGAUUCAAGCUAAGAAGCGGCCCUCCGGCGCACCCGCCGCAGCCUUCCGGCCUGAAGCGCAAGCUCACUCUCUACAGAGCCUUCAGCGGCCUCACCCAGCGCCACGUCCAUCCCUCCACCCCCUCCUCCGCCUCCGACAUCGAGAGCCAGGCCAUUCUCGUGACCUCUAUGCACGAGGAUGGCGCCCAGAACUACAGGACCACCUUCCUCAUGGCCGCCGACGAGGGCUCCGAGUACGAGCUCGUCUAUUUCCGGCGCCUCGACGAUGAGUUCAACAAAGUGGAUAAGUUCUACAGGGCGAAGGUGGAGGAGGUUAUGCAGGAAGCGGAGAUGCUGAAUAAGCAGAUGGAUGCUCUGAUUGCUUUCAGGGUCAAGGUCGAGAAUCCCCAGGGUUUGGUGUUCGACAUGUCGGAGAAGACUGUGGAGAUGACUCGCCUUGCUUCUGGCAUUGCUGCUUCUUCCGCUGCCUUGGCGGCUUCCACCCCCAAAGGGGCCAAAUCUGGAAAGAGACCUCAUAUGGCCAUGGAGAUUAUAGAAGAAGGGGGGUUAGGUGAGCUUGGGCAAUUGGAUGAAUUGAAUGAAGAGGGGGACGAGAUCGAGACGAAACCGAGAGAUAAAAAGGUCGAAUAUCAAGAUAAUUCCAACAAAACGAAGGGUGUUAGACCACCUCCAUUAGAAGUUCUUGAUCGUGUGAAAAUGAAUAAUCCAAUCGAAACGCCGCGUUCGACCAUCAAGGACUUCCUUAAGUUCCCCAAAAACUCAGACCUCAGGUUCAGCAGAGACAAUCUGAAGAAAGUUGAAGAACAACUCAAGCAGGCCUUCUCUGUGUUCUACCAGAAACUUAGGCUUUUGAAGAGCUUCAGCUUCUUGAAUACGCUGGCGUUCUCGAAGAUCAUGAAGAAAUAUGACAAGAUUACAUCAAGAGAUGCAUCAAAAGCGUACAUGAAGACGGUGGACAGUUCUUACCUCGGAAGUUCCGACGAUGUUGCCAAGUUAAUGGAGAGGGUUGAGAAUACAUUCAUCAAACAUUUCUGCAAUGCCAAUCGCAGCAAGGCGAUGAAUAUAUUAAGACCGAAAGCAAAGCGGGAAAGACAUAGGACGACAUUUUCCAUGGGCUUUCUUGCUGGUUGCUCUGCAGCUCUUGUUCUAGCGCUCAUCUUAAUUAUGCGUGCCCGCCAUAUUAUGGAUACAACAGGAAGCACAAAGUAUAUGGAAACCAUGUUUCCCCUCUACAGCUUGUUUGGAUUUGUUGUUCUGCAUUUGAUUAUGUAUGCUGCCAACAUAUACUUCUGGAGGCGAUAUCGCGUAAACUACUCCUUCAUAUUUGGUUUCAAGCAAGGAAAUGAGUUGGGCUAUCGUCAAGUUCUCCUUAUCGGUUUCGGUCUAGCAGUACUUGGACUCGGCGCUGUGCUCUCAAACCUUGACAUGGAAAUGGACCCGAGAACAAAAGAUUUCAAAGCAGUGACUGAACUUCUACCUCUGUUUGCGGUUAUUCUUGUAACUGCAAUACUGAUCUGCCCGUUUAACAUCAUAUAUCGCUCGAGUCGUUUGUUCUUCCUCACUUGUCUGUUCCACUGCAUCUGUGCUCCUCUCUACAAGGUGCUGCUCCCAGACUUUUUCUUAGCUGAUCAGUUAACAAGCCAGGUGCAAGCACUCAGAAGUCUGGAAUUUUACAUUUGCUAUUACGGUUGGGGAGACUACAAAAUUAGAGAGACCACCUGCAAGGCUCACACGGUAUUCCGAACCUUCAAUUUCAUCGUGGCCGUUAUUCCAUACUUGUGGCGCCUUCUUCAGUGUCUUCGUCGUCUGUAUGAAGAGAAGGACAAUAUGCAUGCAUUGAACGGAUUGAAAUACUCGUUUGCGAUCGCUGCUGUUUGCUUCAGGACAGCAUACAGUCUGAACACGGCAGUACGUGUUUGGUAUGUUCUGGCUUGGGUAUUUUCAGUCAUAGCAGCAGUUUCAGGCACAUACUGGGACCUCGUCAUUGACUGGGGGCUUCUACAACGCCAAUCGAAGAACCGCUGGUUGAGAGACAAGCUCCUCGUCCCACAAAAGAGCGUAUAUUUCAUUGCCAUGGCAUUGAAUGUGGUGCUGAGGCUUGCUUGGAUGCAAACAGUGUUGAACUUCCAAGUCUCUUUCUUGCACAGAGAAGGGUUAAUUGCUAUUGUUGCUAGCUUAGAGAUCAUUCGCCGCGGCAUAUGGAACUUCUUCAGGUUGGAAAAUGAGCAUUUGAACAAUGUUGGAAAAUACCGAGCGUUUAAAUCUGUGCCUCUGCCUUUCAACUACGAUGAAGAUGAUAAAGAUGAAUGAGUGCUGAAUUCUGUGCGGAAUAUUUGGAACACAACCAAUCAUAUCUUUUUUCCUUUUUUUUUUGUAUUUAUUUUAUUUUUCCAAUGUGAAUAGCAAUUUUGCAAGGAAUUCCCACCGUCCAAUCUGCAGAAAAGCAAAUCAAAGUUAAAUGAGAAAUACAAAAAAAGUUUCGACUCUUUUAUGCUAUGUAUAGAAUUGCAUUUAUUC